UCUCCAGGGCUACAAGUCUAAGUCUACAUGCAACACGGGUAGAGUUAUUGAACUGUUGUGAUUCACUGAGCUGACAGCCAAGAGAUUUUCUGUAUUUCAUUUUUUAUUACCAUGCACCGAUCUUAUCAGCCUAUACUUCCAUGUGGCAACAAAUAUCUGCAGCAGAAGUGGGAUAAGGCAUACUAUGAUGAACACAGGAAAAAGGUUGAGGCUGCCAAAUCUGUAGUGGACACUACCCAGCCGAAACAGCAUGGACACCUUCAGCUUAAGCUAAAGAAAUUAAAGCUUGAAGAGGAGCGACUUUCAGUCAUUGAAAGAGAAAACCAGCUGCUGCUAGGGAAAAUGUCUUUCAUCAUGAGAACAACUGGGCGUAUUGACAACAGGAAUAACUAUGAAUCCAAAAGUCUGAAUAAAGAAAAACGGCAGCAAGAACUACUUAGAGUGGUUAAAGAGAAUCAUACCAUCCUGGAAAGAAUCACCAACUGUGAGCCACAGUACAGUGUGAAGAAAUGGCAGGAGGACUGGAACAAGGCAGAGGAGUACAUGGAAAGCAUCACACGUUACCCACGUGGUAUGAAAAGUGUGCCACAAAAAAAGGUAUGA